AUGGGCUAUGGAGGUCACUCGCUGCUUUUAACAGUGUCACAGUGGGUGGAGAUAGAGCAUCAAGCCUUGGUUUUUAAGUAUCUCAAGGCAGGGCAUUGCUUUGAAAUAGCAUCGGAUGCUGCAACCACUUUCAAUGAGCUUAUGACCAGGCAUAAAUCAACUGUUGCACAAUUUUUAUCUAAUCAUUAUGACUGGUUUUUCCAAGAAUAUAAUUCGCAGUUGCUGGAGUCUCAAAAUUACAUCACCAAACGGCAGGCUAUCAAGGAUCCAAACAAGAUAAUCCAAUUGGAGACCUUUCAUGUCUUCAGGCUAUUUGUUGCAAAUGAAAAUAAGCCUCCUCAGUUUGUUAAUGUACUAGUAACAAAGAGGAGCAAGCUUCUCCGUUUGAAAGUCCCUCAUGACCUCAAAGAUAAGGAAAUUCAGGUUAAAUUAAACAGAGAGAGAAUCCUCUCCUACAUGACUGGGGUAUAG